AUCUCUGCCAAGAAAACCCCACGUGGGGUCACAAAGAACCUGAGAUGAAUGAACAACAUUAUUAUUACUACUAAAAUUCUUUGAGAGCUGACAUUCUAUGCUAUAAAGACCUGCAAAUUCUGAUAAUCUAAAUCUCUGGGUCAAGCCGGGAACUACAUUAUGAGGUAAUGUAUUAGGAUGUGUACAGAAGAAGUGUCCAAAGUAUUAUAAGGGCUCUGAGGAAAAAAGAAAUCUAUGAGGUUUUUUGGUGAGAUGAGAAAUACAGGGGAUCUGGGAAGGCUUCCUGGAAGAGGAGGGCAUGUGAUCUGGCUGGUGAAACAUGAGCAAGAUUUAUACAAGCUGAGACUGAUGGGAGCUGGGGGUGGUGGUGGACAACAGGUAUUUGGAGGGAGUGGGGAGGGCUCAGCCCCUGGAAGCUAGAGGUGGGGAGGGCUGGGCUGCAGGGUGCCAAGGCUAUGUAUGCAGUGGGAGAGAAGCACUCCUGGUAAGUAGGGGAAAGGUCAUGGCAGACCUGAGGAGCUAGAGACUUUGAGCUUUGCCCACUCUGGACUGGAAAACCACAAAACAUUCAGAUAAGGGUCACUCCGCCUCCUCUAAACACACCUGGGAGGAGGGGCAGACUUGUCUGACUGGGUCCUUCUCCUGCCACUCACCCCAAUCCUCCCACCCCUACCAAUUGGUCCCAAGGGGUGGGAUUUCAGCUUUCUUGGUAUUUUUUUAGCUUUCACCAGAGUGGAAAUGUUGUCAUAAAGUUGAGCCAGCUGGGGUUUGGCAAGCAGUUUAGGGCUGGGAUUCGAUGCCUGGUGGUUCGGGGAGUUGCAAUCCAAAAUCGUCCCCAGGGUGGGGAAAGGAAGAAGAAGGCUCUCCUGAACCUCCCCUCCUGAAUGGGGACUUAGCCUCAGAAAAGUUCCAGAUGGCCUCUUCCUGCCCCAUGGGGUCCGUUGACAGCCUGGAGCUUCUAGACCUUCUCUUUGACCCACAGGAUGGGGUCUUGUGGCUCAUGGAGCUGGAAGACUCUGACUGUGCCCGUGCUGAGGACCGAAAGAUGCAGCCGGCUCCAGAACCAGACACAUUCCUUAGCUCCAUCUUAGGAUGUGGGGACUCUAGCCCCAACUCUCCACUCUGGUCACCAGCUGGCAGUGACAGUGGGAUCUCUGAGGACCUGCCCUCUGACCCCCAGGACAGCCCACAUUGCUUUCAGGCUGGGACCAGCCCAGAUGGCUACCAAAAGGCUUCUCAACCUCCCUACUGUCAUGUUGGCCCCUGCCUUAGCCUCACUGGGUCCGAAGGGCCAAGGGCCCAAGUGCUAGAGUCAUCUGUGUCAAUAGAUCUGGAAAUGUGGAGCCCAGAAGGCAUCUUCCAGGACAGCCCAGAACUGACAAGCUCAAUUCCAUCCUGUAGCCUCACAGUCAAGGACCUGCUGCUAUCCAAUAACGCAGACAUGCAGCAGCAGCAGCAGCAGCAGGGAUCUCCAACUGUGCAGAGGCCAAGUGUUGGGCACAGCCAGGAGCUGGUGCUGACUGAGGAUGAGAAGAAGCUCCUUGCCAAGGAGGGCAUCACUCUGCCCACACAGCUGCCCCUCACCAAGUAUGAAGAACGGGUGCUCAAAAAGAUCCGAAGGAAAAUAAGAAACAAGCAGUCAGCACAAGAAAGCCGGAAAAAGAAGAAGGAAUACAUCGAUGGGCUGGAGCUCCGCAUGUCGAAGUGCACAGCCCAGAACCAGGAGCUCCAGAGGAAGGUCUUGCACUUGGAGAAACAAAACGUAUCUCUCAUGGAGCAGCUGAGGAAACUCCAGGCCAUCAUGGUACAGUCUACCAGCAAAUCAGCCCAGACAGGCACCUGUAUAGCGGUCCUGCUGCUGUCCUUUGCCCUAAUCAUCUUCCCUUCCAUCAGUCCCUUCGCCCCCAACAAAACUGAGUCACCUGGAGACUUUAUGCCAGUCAGAGUGUUCUCCAGAUCACUGAACGCUGACGCCGCCUCCCGGGUGUUCCACGCUCCAAUGCCGGGUGGGGAGGAGCUAGGUCCCCGAGCCCCCAGCCGCUGGACUCGGUAUCCCCAGGAGGAUAGCAGCCCAGGACCCCCGUCUGACGCUGCCACUCCGGGCAACGGGACGCCAGCCGAGAUACCGGAGCCUACGUCCGUGGCGAUACUGGCCGGUACAGAGCCGGGCCACGCCAAGGCUGGAGGAUUGCUAGAUGCCGAAGAGGAGCUUUGAGAAGCCCGUCCGGGGAAGACCCCGCUCCACCCAGAGAGGCGAGGCGGUACCAUGCCUACGGUGUUGUGGGGGAGUUUUACCAGCUCCCCCGGCUCUAAGUGGAGUGGUCCAAUAGGGGGCGGGUCCCUGCUCUUCUCUAGAAAUUAAGUUACACCCUACGGCCCUGGGCUGGACCCAGGCCAAAAAAGUAAGUGGUCGCCUCCUACUCCCCUUCGUCUCUCCUUUGCUUCUGACUGAGAAGCUACUAGACAAAGACUGAAACAUACACAGAGUUGCACAGGAUACCCAAAAUGGAAGAUGAAAAAUCAGUUCACCUCCCCUGACCCUGCAUAAGAAAAAACUGAUGGCCACAGGUAGGGCAAGAACUUGCAUAAGGUCCAGGGAGUCUGGGACCUGGCCAUGACUAGAACCAGGUCUUCUGAGUCCCAGUCCAGGGCUCCUUUCUACAGACAUAUAUUGCCAUCAACAAUAUAUCCACAGGAACAAAUCUGUCCACAUGACCGGCUAAGGUACAUAUCCUGGAAUCCCAGAGAAAGAUCAUUCCAGAGCUCCCAGAAGUGCGUAGGAGGGAAUCUUGCAUCUCGGAGGCUACCCUCAUUUCCAAAGCUUUGCCUUUUAGGGGAUGCCUCUCCCAGUUCCCUGGAGGUAGGAUUUUGUAAGUUGAAGUGAUCCCUUAAUAAAGUAUUUUGGCAGAAAA